AUGGACUUCGAGCAGUAUGGACAGAGCUCCCAGCAGCCCAGACAGCGCAGAAGAAGAGCUGGAAAGCGGCGAUUGAAUAGCAAGGCUCCAAUUUCAGCGCGACUGGCAUUGGACCCCCAGCUUCGUGGGAAGGUCGGCAUCUUAUCCGAGGAUCUAGCGAACGACCUCUUCCAGCAACAGGCCCUCAAAGGUACGCGCCAAACGAAUCUGGGAUGUUUGAAUGACCUGGAUACUAAUUGUCAUGUUCUCUUAUCACCAGAUGUCACAACUUCUGACGAUGGAGUUCUAUAUGUUGCGAUUGCCCCGCAUACCCCGACCUAUACAUCGGUGGAAGACCAAGCCUGGACGAUACUCCCAGUCCGAAUCCAGCCGACGGAGAGGUCACCAGUUCCAUUGUCACACUCGACUGUUUUGUUCCCUGAAUCAGCCGAUUCUCUUCAACCUUUCCUCCAGGCCCUCGGGAAAGUUGACACCUCGCGCAACUCCCUCCAGGCACAUCGGUCAGUGGAGAUCCGAAUCUUGGAUGUCGCUCCCAUCCACCUUGAUACCAUUUUUGUGACAGUGGAGCGACACCUACUCCGCAACCAUGACGAUAUCCAGACGAAGUUUGGCGGAGGAUUUACGAAUGCACAGGGGCCGAAUGGACUCUGGGGUAAGACGGGAAAGACAGCCGAAGCCAAGAAAUAUUCAAAACGGGUUACUGCAGAUGCCGAGCAGCGCCUUACGGUAGCAGUUCGCGAAGCAUUGGGAGCACAACGGAUCGUACACACAGGGGAUGUUUUACCGCUCCCUUUGCCUCCGCAUCCUAUCACCUACGCGCCUCCCCCACCCGCACGGAUCUCAUUUUGCGAGCCUGUCGCGCAAGGUCUCCUGAUGCCGACUACAAAGAUUGUACUUGUGCAGGCACGGCCUCAGGGACUACGUCCCCAACAAAGUCUACCAUCUAGGUCAGCGCUUCUGAAGCAAGUGGCUGAAGACGAAGCUGACGACACUUCCAACGAACAAUUCUUUUCCGCGGCGGAAGACAAGCCCGGUGAAAGUGGAACAGAAAUGGAAGCCACCUCGGCUGCCGAGGAGUCAGAGACAGAGGGUUCUGCAGGUUCCAUGAGCGACUCCUCAGAUGAUUCUCUAGAAGACAUGAUCUCCCUUAGUGCGCCCGAGCUGCCCCAGCCUGCAUCGGGAGUCAUGUCGUCCCUGACAUCAGCAACCCCCAGAGCCGGUGGUCGACGCACGGAUGGAGUUCAUACACCCGGGUCUGUGGCAUCAAACUUCACAUCGGCCACCAUGCGCCCUGGUCGUGGUGGAGGCAAGACAUUCAAAGUUGAAGGUCUCUUGCAACAAGUGCCUAAUGAGGUGCUUCAUCCCAGACCUCGUGAUGAUGAAGACGUCGACGCCUUCGUCUUCGUAGACAUCAGUACAUUGGCCAAGAUCGGGUGCUUCUCCGGUGACUGGGUUAGAAUCGAGGCAGCUGAAGAGCCUCAGCUGAACAUGUUCGCCUCGCUCAAGUUCGGAAGCUUCAAUGACUCCCCAGAAGACUCCGGUGAUUGGCGCCCAGUCAAGAUCUUUGGCCUGUCAGGUCUUCCAUCAUCCAAACCUCGAUAUGCAAUCAACCACUCCGGCGAACGUCGAUCUAGUAUUCCCCAACGCCCACAAACGCGGCUGACACCUUCUGUUUUUGUUCCUCCCCUACUUCUUGGAAAUAUCGACAAUCCUAAGUACCUGCGGAUCUCUCCUAUGACAUUUGCAGCCCAAAACGGAGCUCCUAAGCCUGGUCUCUUGCACCACAUGAAAAACACUGCUAUCAAAAACCCACCCUUGGCAAAAGAAGUCACACUUCUCAAGCUUUCAACUCCACUUUCAAUGGAUCGGGUUCUCCAGCCAGCGCUUUUCGCAGGACUCAAGCAGUACUUUGAGUCGCGCCGACGGAUACUCAAGAGCGGCGAUCUGGUUGGUAUCAGUGUCGACGAAGGUCUUGGCAGAGCGGUCUUCUCUGGAACCGCUGGCGGUGACAGUGCCAAUCAAGAAGAAGACAUAACAAUACGCCUAGGCCAGAACACCAAUUCCGGAAGCUCUGGAGCCCGUAAAAUCGGCGUUGCCUGGUUCCGUGUUGGUCAGGUGGCCCCGACCGUUGUUGAAGAGGUUGAAGAGACAGGCGAAGAUCAAUGGGGCGGUGUCGCUGUCCUUGACCCAGCAACCACUCGCAUGGUUCAGGCUGGAAGUGACGUGAGCCGAGUUCCUGGUGUGUUGGAUAAUGGAUGGGAGUACUGGUUAGGUGUGAAGACGGUCCCUAAGAGCGUCCAUGACGCUCCGGCAUCCCAUGGCAUUGUUGCCGAUCCGCCUCAGCCAUUCAACCCACCCUUGCAACAACGUAUUCGCGACUUGAUGUCCGCUGCUACCAGUCCCAGAGCUAUCCAGCUGGGGAUGAAGCCCGUCUUCAUUCUCCUCACAUCCCAGCAGAGACACAUUGGUAAGGCAACGGUCGCAACCCGGGCAGGUGCAGAUAUCGGUCUUCAUACAUUCCCCAUUGACGCAUACGAUAUCUUGACUGAAGGCGGUGCAAAUGGUGGUGAUGUCAAGACAGAGGCAUACCUCAAGGCGCGCGCCGAACGGGCUUUCCAUUGCGGAGCAAACUGCACCACUCUGCUGAUUAGGCACAUCGAAGUGCUUACUGCUGAUCGUAUUGUCACCGCGUUGACUGAUAUCUUGACGGAUGCUAGGGUCGUCAUUGCAACUACCACCGAUGUUGAAUCAAUCCCCGAAGGCAUUCGUAGUCUCAUCACCCAUGAGUUCGAGAUGGGUGCCCCGGAAGAAAAGGAACGUGAAGGAAUCUUGAACAACGCGGUCGCCGAGCGUGGCAUCAAGCUUGCUGCUGACGCGGAACUGGGAACUAUUGCUCUCAAGACUGCCGCACUUGUUGCUGGAGACCUGGUCGAUGUCGUGGAGCGAGCUGCCGGGGCGAGAACGACUCGCCUCGAAGGCCUAGCGGAGGCUAGUAAAAAGUUGUCUGGCUCCGAGGUCUUUGUGAGAGACGUUCUGCUAGCAGGGGGCGACAGUGCCCGAGGCGUAAAUAAGGCGGACUUUGACUUUGCUGUUGAAGCUGCGCGGAAGAACUUUGCGGAUUCGAUCGGCGCACCAAAGAUCCCGAACGUUGGGUGGGAUGACGUUGGUGGAUUGACCAACGUCAAAGACGCUUUGGUCGAGACUAUCCAGUUACCACUUGAACGACCCGAACUUUUCGCCAAGGGUAUGAAGAAGCGCAGUGGUAUCUUAUUCUACGGCCCUCCUGGCACCGGAAAGACACUUCUCGCGAAGGCUAUCGCAACCGAAUUCUCCCUCAACUUCUUCUCCGUCAAGGGCCCUGAAUUGCUCAACAUGUACAUCGGUGAAUCCGAAGCAAACGUGCGCCGAGUAUUCCAGCGUGCCCGAGAUGCUCGCCCUUGUGUUGUAUUUUUCGAUGAGUUGGAUUCCGUCGCUCCCAAGCGUGGUAAUCAAGGAGACAGCGGUGGUGUGAUGGACCGUAUCGUCAGUCAAUUGCUUGCGGAGCUAGACGGCAUGAAUGGUGGCGAGGAGAACAGCGGCGGUGUGUUCGUCAUCGGCGCAACCAACCGCCCUGAUUUGCUUGACACAGCGCUCCUUCGCCCUGGUCGUUUUGACAAGAUGCUUUACCUGGGUGUCUCAGAUACCCACAGGAAACAGGCGACUAUUCUCGAGGCUCUGACUCGAAAGUUUGCUCUUCACCCUGAGGUUUCGCUCGACCGUGUUGCCGAGAAGCUUCCAUUGACGUAUACUGGUGCUGAUCUCUAUGCGCUCUGCUCUGAUGCCAUGCUGAAAGCUAUCACCCGCAAGGCGACGGCCGUUGAUGAUAAGAUUAAGACCCUGCCUAAUGGUCCCGUCAGCACUGCUUGGUUCUUCGACCAUCUGGCUACUCCAGAAGAUGUGAAUGUGCUAGUCAUGGAAGAAGACUUCUUGUCCGCCCAGGGAGAGCUCGUGCCAAGUGUCAGUGCCAAGGAACUCGAACACUUUGAACGCAUUCGCGACACAUUUGAAGCAGUAGACAAGUCAAAGCAAGAUUCUAGCGCCGCAGCGCCACAGACAAUAGCAGAGGCAAUGGAAGCCUUUAACCUAGGCGGUGCUGCAGUCCCUGUGGAUGACGCUCCGUCAUCUACCGGGGAAAGAACGCCGACAGGAAGCGUCCGAGGCCGCAUCAGAGGUCUGAACAAAUUGUCCGGUGGCCUUUCUCGCAGUGCCAGUGGCCAAUCAACCACAAGCAGCAAGGGGAAGGGAAAGAGUAGCAAGAAAGGAAAGGGCAAGAGCACGGCAGAGUCGGAUGGAUCGGUCGAUGGUGACGAGGAGGGUAUGACCGAUGGCAACAUCGGGGAUGACGACGAUUACGUUGUCCGAACUGAUCAUUUGGCAAACAGCGGGGAGCAAUAG